CCUGUAUGUAGUUAACGGACGUAGCAUAGAACAUCUUAAUACAAAGAUCACGUGAUUUUGAACAGCCAAUGGACAGAUUUCUUUCAGCAGCAGCAGCAGCCUGGCGGGUAGCUGUCACUUUUAAAUCUCAGAAAUCCACCUUCCCGUUCGUUGUCUAACGUUCCUUAUAUGAAGUGUGACACUACAACGCAACUCAUUCUUAAAAUUACAUUGUAAUGGCUCGUACUAAGCAAACAGCUCGUAAAUCUACCGGUGGAAAAGCUCCACGUAAGCAACUGGCUACCAAAGCAGCCAGGAAAAGUGCCCCAGCAACUGGAGGCGUCAAGAAACCUCAUCGUUAUAGGCCUGGUACCGUCGCUCUCCGGGAAAUCAGACGUUACCAAAAGUCCACUGAACUUCUCAUCAGAAAGCUUCCUUUCCAGCGACUUGUUCGUGAGAUCGCUCAGGAUUUUAAGACUGAUCUUCGAUUUCAGAGCUCUGCUGUGAUGGCUCUUCAAGAAGCGAGCGAGGCUUAUUUGGUUGGACUAUUCGAAGAUACCAACUUGUGCGCCAUCCACGCUAAGAGAGUGACCAUUAUGCCUAAAGACAUUCAACUUGCUCGCCGAAUCCGCGGUGAGAGAGCUUAAAUGUGGAACAUAAUGUGAACAUUAUAAAAUGGCCCUUUUUAGGGCCCCCUAGAUUAUUUCGAAAGUAUUUUCUUUCGUUCAUGGAUAUGCUAUUUGCUUACCAGUUACUCAUUUGUUUUAAUAUGUAAUCUUGUAAAAAUUUGGCGGUGACCGAUUCUUCGAUAUCUCAGCUUACACUCUGCAGUAUUUUUUAGAUAUUUCUCUUAACUAUACAACAGCGAUUAUUUUUCGAAGUAAAUCAUCUGAAACGUAAA